AUGGAAGAAGCUGGAAGAGGUGAAGGUGCUAGUCCGGGAUAUGGGGUUGCGGGUGCUGGACAUAGUGCUUGGAGAAAACCAGGAAAAGUUGGUGGAAGCAAAGAAAAAGAGCAUGAUGAAAUUUCUAAGAGAAGAAACACGGUGCUGCAUAUAGCAGCUCUCUACGGAAAUGAUAAGUGUGUGGAGAAAAUAGUUGAAAUUGGUCCAGAGCUUUUGAGAGCAAGAAAUAGUAAUGAUGAUACACCACUGCAUGUUGCUGCAAGAGCUGGCAAAAUCUCUACUCUCGAGAAAUUGGUGGCUGCACUUCUCCAUCGAAAUUCUGAAGAAGCAAAAGAGACAAUCCUUGUAACCAACAAACAAGGAAAUACUUUCUUCCAUGAGGCCUUAUUGAAUGGUCACAAAAAUGUUAUGAACAUUCUAGAUUCUUCACCAGCCUUAAAGCAAUUGGCUGAGGAUACUGCGUUUACUAGUAGAAACAGUAGACGCAAAUCAGUUUUGCACUUAGCAAUCGAGAAAGGCUACCGAGACAUUGUUGAUGAUUUAUUGACCAGAGUAAUUCAUCGUUACAAAGAGAAUAUAUUAACUGAUGAUGGAAUAUUCUACUACCCUCAAGUACGCUUUGCUGUGUCUGAUCUUCCACAUCAGAAAAAAUUUAUUCUCUUGUUCUUGGGAUCUCAGUUUAGAGAACCAGUGGGGACUUUUCUUCAAAAGCAGUAGGAGCAAUGGCAAUGGACGAAGGCAAGAUGAAGAUUGAAAAGUUCAAUGGUGCAGACUUCGGCUUUUGGAAGAUGCAAAUAGAGGACUACCUGUAUCAGAAAGGCAUGCAAGAACCUCUCACAGGCAGGAAACCAGAAGCUAUGAAGGAAGAUGAGUGGAGCUUUCUAGACAGAAAAGCUCUCGGAGCCAUCCGUUUGACGUUAUCUCGUAAUGUUGCUUUCAACAUUGCAAAUGAAAAGACUACAGUUAGUCUUAUGGCGGCCCUUUCCAACAUGUACGAAAAGCCAUCAGCCGCAAACAAAGUUCACUUGAUGAGGCGGUUGUUCAACUUACGGAUGACAGAAGGCGCAUCAACAACGCAACAUAUAAACGAACUCAACACAAUUACAAUCCAGUUGAGUUCAGUUGGAAUCAAUUUCGAUGAAGAAGUACGAGCUCUAAUACUUCUUUCUUCCCUACCAGAAAGUUGGAAUGCUACUGUCACAACUGUGAGUAGCUCCUCAGGAAGUAACAAGUUAAAGUUUGAUGAUGUUCGUGACUUAGUCCUCAGUGAAGAAGUCCGCCGGACAGAGACGGUGUAAGACCCGUAUUUUUGAAUAGUGGGGGUGAUGAAUCGUUAUUUCUUGAAUUAGAUUUAGUUUAUUGCACUUAAAUAAACCGGGGAAUUGUGUUUAAUUGUUUGUUAUUUCCCAGUUUUCCGAAUUCCGCUUAAUUUGGUCGGAAAAUUGUAAUUGUGCUAAUUUGGAUUUUCUGAGCUGAUUAAGUGCAAUUUUGAAAUGCAGGAAAAUUUCGGAAAUACAUUUUGGGACAUCAGGAAGAAUGCCAAAUAAAUUCAAGACUCUCCACACAGACAUUUUUGAAUUAAUUAAAUUGUAAUUCAGUAGUUUAAAAUUUCUGUAUCAACUCUUAUAUUUUGGGUCAAUUUUUGGUAAAUUAGAGUAGACCCAAAAAUUAGAAGUUAGUGAUUUAGACCUAGGGUUUUUCUUUUGUGUGGACCCACCCUUAUUAAAGGUGACACACGUCCUUAGAGGGAGCCCUAGCCGCCACCCACUCUCUCGGUCUGGGGAGUUUUUAGGUUUCUGUUUUGGAAAUUGCCCUUUGGACGGAAAACACUGUUUGGAAUGAAGAAGAAUUUUAUUUUUCACUUUGUCUUGUGCACGUUGUUACAAAAUUUAUUCACAUUCAUGUUGGUUUCCUCUUGAACGCUGAUUUCAUUAAGAAAUGUUAAAGAAAUGUUAACGCUGGUCUCAUCUUGAUAAGCAAGCUGGUGAAGCGGUGCACAGGGACUCUCGGUUACCUUUCUUUUCUUUCUUUAGAGGCACUUUGUCACUACCUAAAAGUGGACGUGGAGAAGAGGGAACGGUGAUGAAAUCUGGAAGCAUCCAGCUGCACCGAAAAGUGAUGAGAGCCUUGGAGGAUGCGGUGCUAGAUGGAGAAUAUUAGAAGUUUUAUUUCUUUUCCUUUGAAUGCUGAAACGGUGAUGGAGUUCGUGUGAUGUGGUGCACGACUGGAAAUAUUUUAUUGGAGAAAAAGAGAAACGGUGAAGGAGCUGGAAGCAGCACGGUGACUGAUUGAGAAGGAAGAAGCUGAUGUGAAGUGGAACUAGGAAGGAAGAACACGGUCUUGUGUAGAAUAGGGAGCACAUUGAAUUUUAUUUAAUCUGGGUCCAGCAGCGUUGAGUAAGCACACGUUACGGGAGUCUUCAACCGCUGCCAUCGUGUUGGAAGCAAAGGUGAAGCUGGAAGCAUGAGGUGUUGGUGUGCACGGGUAGUGGGUGCAGAGGCAGAAUGAAUUGGAAUUGGUGAAUGAGCUGGAAGCAAAGAGAAGGGGCUGGAACGGAUGCAAGUGUUGGUUGGGGAAGUUGAUGCUCAAAGCCUUGGAGGAGAAUGAAGCGGUGUUGAGGUGGAAGAGUGAAACGGUGAUGGCUGGAAGCACACGGACAGAGUAGAAGCACGUUGAGAGUGCUGUCACAACUGCACACGCGAGAUGGAAGUUAGAGAAAUAGAAAUAGUGUGCACGGGAACGUAGAGCAACGUGUGUGCGUGUUGGAUAAUGGUGUGCGUGGAGUUGGAUGUGUCUAGCUGCUGCACGGUGCUGGAAUGUUGAUUAAAAGGAGUAUGUGUGUGGUGUCAAAUUGAGAGUGAAGCACGCACAUGGAGCGCAGGAGCAAGCUGAGUGACAGGAGCUCUCGGUUCUAAACUUUUUUUUUCUUAUGUUGUUCAAUUGAUUGUGGGAAGCGGUGCUGAUUUGAAGGAAGAAAAAUGGUGUGAACGGUGCUGGAAUGAAGGGUAGCAAUUGAUGAUUUUUGGUGGAGAAUAGCAAGGAGAUUAGAAUGAGAUGGAAGCAGUAGAAAUGGAACGUCCUGGAAACAGCAAGGUUUUGGAUUUGAUACUAAAUUGAAGAAAGCAAUCGGUGUUACGUUUUGGAUGCACACGACCAUUUUUUAUUUUUGCUGGAGAAGCUUUAUUGCUUGGAGAAGUGGGUGCAGGGGUGAUUCACGGCUGGAAGGAGAGACGCACGUUGGAAGCUGCACGUACGGUCAUUUCAUUUGGAUAGAUAGCACACAGCUGCACAUCUAUUUUGUUUGGUAGUAGUUUAAUUGUUGAAAGGAAGCACACGGUCACAUCCAGGAUUUAUGCUUUCAAUUUAGCUUUGAAAAAGGUGGCACACACGGUCACAUCUUCAUUUCUUUAUUUCAAUUGCUGCCACACCUGUAUGCCCAUGAGAGUUUCGGAUGAUGGGACGUGCCAAGAGAGUUGGCAGCCGAAUGUGCACCACUCAUUUACUUUAGUUAUUUAAGAAGGAAGAGAUGGAUUAGGAUGGAGUACGAGUGUGGUGUCAAGGCGUGAAAGGUGUCACGGUUUUGAUAACUUUUAAGAAGCACAACACGCACGCAAGUAGGGACCAGCUGCCACGUCCUUAAUGGAGAGGGCCAAGGGGUUUAAAUUUUCUUUACCUAUUCAAGCAAGCAUUUAAUGUUAAAUCUCUUUAAGCAUUCAUUUAAAUUGUCCGCCAUCCUCAGUUUGCAUUUAAAUUGUUUAGCUCAAUGUUGCUUUUUAAUUUGGUUAAAGCACUUUUCAUUUUGACGUUCUCUAUUUUUCGUGGUUGUGAUGUUUUAGUUGCGAUGUUAGCUUAAGUGACC